AUGAUUCUUUUAGAGACGGUUUGAAAUAUGAACGGAAUGGACAACGAUGAGCCGUUCAUAUUUAGGCUCAACGAUAAUGGAUCCGGACCGAGCUUACUUGUUAAGAUUUGUGCGGAACGGGGUUGGCGAAUGUACCACGGAUACAGUGGCAGUGAAGACAGAUGGAACCUCUGGUGGCGAACUAGUGCAUUCCCAGCUGGAUGUUAUAAGACUCUUGGGGAUUGGCAGUUUAUGAAUCAUAUACCGAAAGGAGGUUCUAUUUGUCGCAAAGACAGCCUUUCGAGACUGCUGAGGUGUAUGAGACGAGUCUACGGAUCUAUAUAUGAAUUCAGCCCACCAAGCUACCAUCUCCCGUUGGAAUAUGCGAAGUUGGUGUCUGAAUGUUCGAGGCUUCGCAGAAAUGAAGAUGGCGAUACUGACGUCAUAUGGAUACAUAAACCAGUUGCACAAAGUCAAGGGCGGGGUAUUUUUUUAUUCAGAAGUGUAUGCGAAAUGCGGUGCGGAUCAUCGGCUGUAGUUCAACGUUACAUAGAACGGCCCCUUCUGAUAGCUGGCUACAAGUUCGACUUGCGGCUUUAUGUGUGUGUUCCCGGCUACCGUCCUCUCACCGCGUACAUGUAUGCGGAAGGCUUAGCCAGAUUUGGUACCGAUAAGUACACGGUGACAGAUAUCCACAAUCCGUAUCGUCAUCUGACAAAUUCUUCUUUGAACAAAACUGGGCCCCGUUUUGCCGAGUGCAAAGACAGAAUUGGAAACGGAUGCAAGUGGACAUUAAAGCAAGUACGUCGCGCGCUGGUCGGCAGAUGGGGUGCGGCGGAAUGGCUCGUGUGGCAGCGUAUACGGGCGCUGGUCACACUCACACUGCUCGCUCAGGCGGCUGGCACGCCACCAGCUAGGAACUGUUUCGAAUUCUACGGCUUCGACGUGUUGCUGGACGACUCUUUGAAACCGUGGCUCCUUGAGGUGAACCUUUCUCCAGCUCUAGGCGCUAACUGUGAGGCUGAUAUCACCGUGAAACAACCGAUGUUACACGAGCUGUUUGACUUGCUGGGACUGCCCAUGAGACAUACCGGCCUUGCACUACUGCGAGGACCUUCACAGAUACACAAUCAUUACAAUUCGGAGGAGGAGAGCGUAGUGCCCCGAGCGUCGGCGGCGCGCGCCCUCACGGCGGGUGCGGCGCGCCGCGGCCCGCGCUGGCGCCGCCGCCGGCCGCUGCCCGUCCACUGCGUUACCCUGCUGCCGCCCGUCAUUGAUGACACGGACUUAUCUGAGAAACCCAAAGAACUGAAUAUUGCAAGAUUGUGCAAAACUCCUUCGGAAGCGACUGUUGACAAUUCUGAUGUACAGUCAACGUCAAGUGUGACUGUGGCGGGGGAUGGUGAGGAGGGUUGCCGCGGCGGCAGCGGCGGCGCGGCGACGGCGAGCAACAGGCGGCGGGCGGCGCGCGCGUGCUCGUGGGGCAACGGCGUGCGGUGGGACCGCGCCGUGCCGCGCGUCGGGGACUGGGUCAGGAUCUACCCGCACGUGCUGCCCGCCGACGAUCAAAUGCCUGUAGAAGACAUCCGGGACAGCGUGGCUCAGGUGUCUAAGUUCCUCCGCGCCGCGCGGGAGGUGUACCGCGAGGACGGCAGGGACGCGCGAGCGCCGCGUGACGCCGCGCGCGACGCCGCCUUCCAAGCAGCACUAAAUAAAAAACUCGACUGCGGCACUCACUUUCAAGUCUGGCUACCGCCUUUUUAA